AUGAGAAAUGAACCAGCAGUCAUUGAUAUAAGUUUGUUAAUUUCUCUCUCAUUCAUGGAUGAAUCAUUGAUUGUAGCUGUCGAUCGUGAUUGUGAACUUCGGCAUUCUUCGAUUUCCGAUUUUGAUCGUGAUUGUGAAGUUGUUUCUCCCUCUUCUGUUGGAUUGCUUAAUUCAUUUGUUGAUCAAUUGGGUACUAGUGAUGAAAUUGUCUUUGAAGAAGCAAUAACUAAAUCAGAGUUAAUUGGUAAAGAUUUUAAUUCUGAAGAAGAAGCUUAUGAUAGUUAUAAUGAAUACGCAUUUAGGUUGGAAGGAGAUAAGGCUAAGAAUAAAAGGUCUUAUGAGAGACUUGAAACAAGAACUGGUUGUUUGGCUUUUAUUCAAUUCAAGAUUGAUCGUUUAGGUUUAUGGACAUGUGCAAAACAUAAUCAUCAUAUGAUUCCUCCUGAAAAGAGGCAUUUGUUAAGGUCUCAAAGGAGUGUUUCUACAGAAAAUUUGCAAUUUAUGUCUACAUUAAGGUGUAGUGGAGUAAAAAUUUCUGCAGCUUUGAGAGCAAUGAAGAAGGAUGUUGGUGGUUCUCCUAAUUCAGGAUUUACGGGACCCGAUGCCUAUAAUGCUUUAUUUGCAGAAAAGCGAUCUUUAUUUGAUGGUUGUGAUAGUCAUCAACUGAUCAAAUACUUUCCAAAAAGACAACUUGAUGAAGCUGAAUUUUACUACGAUUUCGAGCAAGAUGAGGAUGGGUGUUUAGUUAACUUUUUUUGGCGUGAUGGUCGGAUGAAGAGAGAUUAUGAGUAUUUUGGAGAUUUGCUGGUUUUUGAUACUACAUAUAGGACAAAUAAAUACGGAAUGAUUUGUGCUCCAUUUGUUGGCAUGAAUCAUCAUGCUAAUAAUAUUAUGUUUGGUAUGGGUUUUAUUCUCAACGAGCGAACUGAAUCUUUUGUGUGGCUCUUUGAUACAUUCUUAAAAUAUACGGGAAAGAAAAGUCCUAUCACAAUAACGAAUCCAGCUCAAGCAAUUGCCGGUAUUCAGAAUGUUUUCCCUCUUAGCGUGUGA